UUCUAUAAUUAUUAUACUUUCACCUGUUACUAUGGCCUAUGGGUCGAUAAUCGAUACAAAUUAAAUCAUCGCAACGUUAAUCUUAUUCACACUAAUCCGUUUCUGCGUGUCCCGUAAUAAUAUUGUAAUAAUCCCUAAUUAAAACGUAGUAUUAAGCCGACUGGCGACUAACGGAACACGUUAGUAUCGCUGUGUACAACAAUUACAAUAAUCACUCAAUCACCGUUGUGUGGUGAUCGCGCUUUUAUCGCAACUGUUGUCACUUGUCGUUAUUGACGACAUUAUAUCACAAUUUGUGCAUUUUCGUGUUGGUUUUCGUUUAGACGCAUCACACGCACAAGUGCUUAACAGGUUAUGUGAGAGCCGCGCCUUAUAGGUAUGUGACGGCAACGAUGUAAUCACGUUCAUAUUAUUUUAUUUCUAUUCACGCGGCCAACGGUAUCCAUCAGUGUUUGCUCGUACGGUUGUUUAGAAGGCAAUCAAGCACAAUGAAUGGUGCGCAGGAUAAUGCUAGAUACGGACUCACCGACCAGUCUAAUCUGUCGAGCGGAUCGAACAAUGUGGAUUUAUACAACAGUUCUGAAGCAGAUUUGUUGUUGGACAAUGAAGAAGAUUACAUUCAUCCUUAUUCAGAUGAAUAUGUACUUUUGGAGAGGAAGAUGCGUAAUCGGUUAUCUUUUUUCUUUAUGAAUCCAAUUGAAAAAUGGAAGACAAGAAGGAGGUUUCCGUACAAAUUUGUAAUCCAAAUUAUCAAAAUAAUAUUGGUUACACUUCAACUUUCAUUAUUUGCUCAUACUCGCUACAGUCAUGUAAAUUAUACAUGGGGAAAUAGAAUUACAUUUUCACAUUUGUUUAUUAAAGGAUGGGACCCAGCACGAGAAAUAGUUUCUUAUCCACCUGCUCUGGGACCAUUAGCUAUUUAUAAUAUUGAAUCAUUUUAUUCAACUAUUAACUAUGCUGUAGUUGGAUAUGCUAACAUCAGUAAUGCAAUCGGAUCAUACUCAUACAUAAGUGAAGAUAGUAAAGUUGUGGAUCCAAUAUUUUGUACUGUUCAUUAUAAAGAAGGUAGUGUGUUUGGUUUUAACGAAAGUUAUACUUUUGAUGGAGAAAUAAUACAAGAAUGCUUGAAUGUCACUAUAACAGAUGAUAUAAAAAGUAAAGGAUUUUCAAUCAAAGAUUAUCUAAUUCAACAUAAUAAGACAAUAUAUUUUUCGUCUUUAUUAAAAGCUAAAUUAAAAUUUGCAUUAAAAACUGUUAACUUCAGAGUUGCUGGAAAGUAUUCACCUCCUGAUUGUUACAAAUUUGAAAUUCAAAUAACAUUAAAUAAUGAAGAUAUGGAUGGACAAGUGUUAGUAGACUUGGAAGUAAAUCCAUUUAGGUUAAAUUGUAAAGGUAGCGUUGAAUACAUAAUUGACAACAAAGUUGAGUCGUUUUUGAGAAGUGUAUUAAAUUAUUUUGUCAUCAUAGUAUGUACUAUUUCAAUGAUAUUAUGUACAAGAGCUAUAUUGAGAGCACAACUACUGAAAUAUGAAACUAUAAGGUAUUUUGAAGACAUGCUAAAGUCGACAUUAAGCUAUAAAGCUCGGUGGGAAUUUUGGAAUUUGUGGUAUAUAAUGAUAAUCAUUAAUGACAUACUGAUCAUAUGUGGUUCAGGAAUAAAGGAACGAAUAGAGAAAAAGCAAUUUAUUGGUGACCAAUGGAAUUUAUGUAGUGUACUACUUGGAACUGGAAAUUUGCUCGUCUGGUUUGGAGUUCUUAGAUAUCUAACAUUCUUUAAAACUUACAAUGGUGUAAUAUUAACAUUACGGCAAGCUUUUCCAAAUACUUCAAGAUUCAUUUUAUGCGCGAUUUUGUUGUAUGCUGGCUUUACAUUUUGUGGUUGGUUGGUAUUAGGACCAUACCAUAUGAAAUUUCGAUCAUUGGCAAGUACAUCUGAAUGCUUGUUUUCUUUAAUUAAUGGUGAUGAUAUGUAUGCCACAUUUACAAUCAUGGCUACAAAAUCCUCAUUGCUGUGGUGGUUCAGUCGUUUGUACCUAUAUUGCUUCAUAAGUCUGUUUAUUUAUGUGGUUAUUAAUCUCUUUUUAUCAGUAAUCAUCGAUUCUUAUGAAACAAUUAAGAAUCAACCACGUGCUGUUUUACCUAAGACUGACCUGGAAAAGUUUAUGGUUGAAGGUACAUUUCCUACAUCAUCUUUUGAUAUUACAGAAGAGACUGAUAAUUGGGCACAAGUAUCUUUUGCCCAAACAAUUAGGAGAAUAUUUUGUAGUUUUUGUAUUGAUUUCAAAAAUUUACGCCAAACAUGUUUGUUUAUUUAUCAAAGAAGCCGACAUUUAAUUAUUUGAUUUGAAGAUGGCUAUGUAUUUUUAAUUUUGUAUUUUCGUUACCAAUAUUUAUUAUUAUCUAAACUCUAUAUUUUAUACACAUAUUAUAGAAGUUUAUUAUACUGCAUACAUAUUAUAGACUGAUUCACUGUGUAUCCUAUCCUAUAAGUGCACUUCACUAAUUGAACUAUAAUUAUUAAAUUAAUUUAGUCUCAUAAGAUAGUGAUCUGAUAGGAGUAUAAGACAAACUACUAUUAUAGGUUCAUUAUGUUUAAUACUUAAUGUUCACUCAAUAGUUUGUUUAAAGAUAUUUAUGAUUAAACGUGCCUGUUAUUGUUAUUGUUUUGUUUGGUAAAUAUUGUGAGAGAUCAGACAUAAUAAUUAAUAUUGCUUUCAUGAGGCGUUCCUAAAGUCAAUUAUUGUUAACUUAAAUAAUAAUUAUGAAUACUGUUUAUGUAAUAUGAACUAUAUUAUAAUGUUCGAUUAAUAAUUGUUUGGUUAUGCAUGUUA